AUGGAGUUAUUAACACCUGAGCCAUGUUUGCCAAAGGUUGAGUCACCUGUCAGUUUGGCUGGUAGUUAUCAAAGGGGCAGUCUAGAAGACUGCUAUCCAGAAGAAAACAAAGGUGAUGACAGAGAGAAGUCUGAUGUCAAGGAAGUAAGAACCUAUCAGCAAACUGCAGUGGAGAGUAUGACCUUUCUUCAGAAAUGUAUACUGAAUCCCAAUGAGUUGUCAGGAUGCAUCUCUAAUUCAGAUUCUGGAGAUGAUAACACUGAAACACAGACUUUGAAAUUCUGUGAACCUUCCCAAGAAAAACUAAGUAAUGCAAAAGCAGCAAACUCUUCCAACUUGGAAUAUUCUGAAGGACCAGAUGUAGAUCCUCAGAUUCAAGCAGCUGUAAAGAAGAUGAAUAAACUUGACACAAUACUGGCAAAAAAACAUUUUAAGGAGAGAUCAAUUAAAAAACAAGGUGAAGAAAUGAGGGCAAAGCUCUGGGAUGAACUUCAGUCUAUCAGAACCACUGGAAGCCAUGAGGAGACAGAAAACACAAAACUUUUCUUAGCUUUGAUCUCAUCACAGCAGGAUACAGUUGAUCCCUCCCAUGCUAAAGAAGAUGUAAUAUGUACUUCAUUAUUUCACACACAAAUUAAUCCAGAAGAUUAUGAUUGUGAUAAACCCCAACAUAAUCAGGAUUAUCCAAGUGAAUUAGAAACAAAUGAAUUUCUUAAUCAUGCAGAGAAAACACAUAGCAAGAGUAAAAACAAACAGGAUUUCAUUAAAAAGAACAUUGAGCUAGCAAAGGAUUCAGGAAACCAGAUUGUUAUGCUUGAGCGAGAAAGGAAAAGGCUAAUUGAACUAUUGAAAGAUAUAGAAGAUGGAAUUGAAUUGCAAGGUCUUGAGGAGGAUGUAUCUGGCUGGCUAGCACCAGGAGAAGGGUACACACCUGAACCGAUUCAAUUUCAUCACCUAAAUGAGAUAGAUACUAAGCUUCAAGUACUACUGACUGAUGGGGAUUUUUCUGAGAUUUCCAGCUGUUGCUCAAAACCUCCAAGCCAGAUUUAUCAGGAGUCUCUGGUUUAUGCAAACAGAAGCCUAGAAGCAGUUCCAGGUGAAAAGGUUCUGCGAGCCAAUAAGGAACAACGUGAUCAACAAAAUCGUCUGAAAGAAAUAGAUCAUCAGCUGAAAUCCCUAGAGCAAAAUCUUACUGAAGAACAAACGGGCCUCUCUGAAGAGCAGCUUAAGACCCUUCUGGAAGAAUGUAUGCAGCCUCGGAGAACAAUAAGCAACGUUACCAUGCCAAAGUCUCAGGAAUCUCUUUCUUGCGGAUUAAGUUCCCCUUGUUACACAAGUCAAGACUCCACUUUUCACUCCACAUCUACUCUUUCCAAAAUGUUAGUUGAAGACCAUAUUGUAGGGAUGUUAACGGCUCAGGAAAAGGCUGGACUCGAAGACAAAAGCUUAUGUGUUAAUGCAGAAAGUGAAAUGCCUGGCUACUAUAUCAGCAAAGCAUUGGCUGAUAGUCACUUAUCAAAGGAUUCAUUGGCCCAAAAAGAGGAACCUGAUGACUUAGAAGGUUUACAGAAGACGGGAGAUAAGAGUAUUACUGAAGGUUACUUUAUGUCAAGAGCACUCAACACAAAAAGGUUGAAGAAACCUUCUUUCUUGGGUGAACCAUUAUAUUGCAUCAGCAUGAACAAUGAGCCAUCCACAGAGGCUGACAUUCUCGGCAUACCACUGCAAACCAAAGUUGGUGAGACUCUUAACAACCCUUUAGAAUAG